ACGCAUACAUAGAUAGCCUAUGGAGCAAGCGUAAAAUGUAGGCUCGUGGCAUGGAAUUUCUGUAGUUCUGUUAUUUUUUUUUAUUUCAAAAGAUAGUCAGUGUCCAGCUUUUCAUAACGUAGCCUCCUGCAUUAACAUGUAGCUACCAAAAUCAUCCGCUCGGAGGAUAAACACUUCCUGUAUUUUGAAACCGGCUACUCCAUGGAGACUGUACUUGUGUGUCUAGUCAAAUUCAGAGGCUGCGAUCUGAGGCAUUAAUGUGAAUUUAAAGUAGCCAACCAUAUGCUGGCUUUAGGUAGAAAAUGUUUAGGGUUAUUUGUAAUGCAUAUACCUGUUGGUCGCUUCUUAGGGUACUGACUUAGUUAUUCUACGCCUGUAUGACGAAAGGUAUCAGAGGGAUUAGAUGUGCUGUGUUUAAACAAAAGGAUGUCUAAAUUACCGGGAUCUACGGGAAUAUCACUUCUGGGUGACAAGUCACUGGAAUUUUAUCGGGACCCAAUAACUUUUUGCGAACGUCGCAUUGAGAAGCAUGGCAGCCGAAUAUUUCAAGCAAGGCUUCUCAACAAGUCAACAUCUUUCGUGUGCUCAGUGCAAGGGAUGAAAGAACUUCUAUGCGAUAAAUCAUCUGUGUUCCUGAAAGACCCCACUGAUGUCAUGACGUACAUGUAUGGAGACAACAUUGUUACGACCAAUGGGGAGGAGGCCAGUCUGCUUCGCUUGUCCCUCAUGAAUCUGUUCACGGGGAAGUGCCUGGCAUCCAGCUCUGAUUACAUCACCAGCGUUUGUGAGCGCAGCCUGAAGGACCUCUCCUCAAGUGCAGAGCCCCAGGCUGUCUACACCAUCUUCAAGAGGCUGGGCUCUGAGCUGGUGCUGGGCCUGUUCCUGAACAUCAAGGCAGAGGAGAAUCCAGAGGCGUUUGAGGAGAUCACUCAGCUCUGCACCCUCCACUGGCAUGGGAUCAUUUCAGCUCCUGUGAACGUUAGGAUACCCAUGUGGUCCUCUGGCUUCAGCACGGCCCUGGAAGCCAAAGACAAGCUCAUGGAGAUCAUCAAAGAGAAGUUGGAGCUGGAGCAAGAGGGGUUUGUGGGCUGUCUGCGGGCGCUCCCUCUGCCCGAUGCCAGCUGUGCCUCCCAGCACCUGCUGCUGUUCAUCUCGGCCCUCAUCCCCAAAGCACUCGCCUCCCUGCUCACCUCCUUCACGCUGGCGCUGUGUGGGCCCGACCAGGAAGAGGCCCGUGCUCGAGCCAGGCGAGAGCCUGCGUACCUGGACCAGGUGCUCCUGGAGGUGCAGAGGCUGUGGCCUCCUUUCAUCGGUGGGAGGCGAAUAGCUAGUCAGGACACCACACUGGGCGGCUACCACAUCCCUAAAGGCUCAGCAGCCAUGUACGUGAGCUACGGCGUCCAUCGCGACCCGGAGGUCUUCCACCAGCCAGAGGAGUUCAGGCCUGAGAGGUGGUCAGGAAGGAAUGCGGGGCAGGAGGGUCUGCUGUGCACUUUAGGGAAUGGCCCCAGGAACUGUAUUGGAGUGCAGCUCAACCACGUCUUUCUCAAGGCCGCGUGUGGCUAUCUGCUGCAGCACUACGACUGGAGCCUGAGUCCCUCGGACCAGACCCUGCAGUACAAAUGGCUGCCUGUCAGCAGACCAGAAGAUCCUCUGAUGGUCGUCUUCACCCCUCUCCGUGACCAGGCCUCACGUCAGCCCCAAGACUCCACACGGGAUACAUGCACACACACACAAGCUGAAGCAAGGAAGAACACUAAUGAUUGACAAGUAGACAGGCAAGAACUUGUAUAGGUUCACAGGCUUUAUAGGUUCAUAGGUUUCAUAGGUUCACAGGUUUUUCAUAAGAUUGUUGUAGUAGAUUCAUUGUAGUGCAAUAUGACUCUGUCAUUUUUGGGUAGGUAGGGGGGCAGUCUCUGUAGCAUUUGUAUUCCAUGGGAACCCCCCUUAACUAACCCCCAACCCCAUCCCUAACCCCCAACCCCCUCACUUUCAUUCCGUAGAGGACUAGUUUUCCUUCCAGUGUCUUGCAGCCUGAGACAGAGAGACUGUGAAUCCCCCACAGGUUAGUGAUGCCUAGUGACAUGAGAUGACUCUCUGCUGCUCACCCUUGUGUCUUGUCUUUUACUUCCCUUGCUUGGCUGUUCCUGCUGCUCUGGCUGCUGUCUGAAGAGUGAUCAGGAUCCUCAGUCCUUUCCAUUCUCUUCAGCUGCAUUGUGCUUGAUUAGCUCAUCUGGCUGUAAAGAGCCAUUGUGCUUCAUUAAGACAUGAUUAGCUCAUCUCACAGUAAGAUAUGUCACAGUAGGAACUACGGCGGUUCAUUAAGACAGGAAUGUUUGGCUUUUGUGGCCUUAAUCUUUUCAAAUGGGUUUUUUUUUUUUUUGUUUUUUUUUUUUUCAAUGAGGAAAUCCAAAAGACAGCAUCAGAAGAAAGACUCUAAUACAGACAUCAAGGAGUAUCCUCUGAGCUCCUCUCUUCUCCUACUGCUGCCUCCCUCGCUUUCUCUUUCUCUCUCUCUCUCUCUCUCUCUCUCUCUCGCU